AGUUUGUGCUUUGUAGUUUGCGUUCGUUUCAUUAAUACAUCCGAGAUCGACGUUAAGUUUGUUAAAUUGGGUGUUUGUGGUCGGUUGUGUAGUUGAUAAUUUCAUAUAUUUGGUGAUUGUGAAUGCAUAACAUAAAAAACUAAAUCCUGAAUUCUUAUUUUUUAUUUUAGUGAUAGUAUAAGUGAUAAUAAACAAGGCGUUUCUGCUGGCUGUAAUGGCUAACCUGAACAUACACAUUGUUUGACUUGUAAAUAAAUGAACUUUGGUGAUUGAUUUUGCGUUUCAUUGGCGAUAAUGGUUAGAAGUAGUGGAAGCCAUCAUAGAAAGAGGUCGAGGAGCCGGUCAUUGACACCAGAUCAUAAAAGAAGUAAAUCUUCUCGUGAUUAUGAUAAAGAACGUGUUAGACGGAGGAGUCGGUCAAGAGAUAGAAUAAGGAGAUCCCGUAGCAGGGAUAGAAAGAAGGACAAAAAAGCUUCAGAGUCCAGAGUAAGGAGCAAGCCUUUGAAGCUAAAACGCAGAUCGAGAUCCAAAAGCAGAUCCAAAUCUAAAGAUAAAAAUCCAAAAAAAGAAGAGAAGAAAGAAACUAAAGCAGAAGAUGAACCAUUUGAUCCUACAAAUUUAGAUAAAGAGGAAGAACAGAAAAGACUUGAGCUUGAAAUGCAAAAGAGAAGGGAAAGAAUUGAAAGGUGGAGAGCUGAACGUAAGAAGAAGGAGUUAGAAAUUGUCAAAAAGGAAGUAAAGAAUUCACUAGCAAAUCUUCAACUUCCAAUGAAGAAAUGGAAUUUAGAGGAUGAUAGUGAUGAAGAAGAAGAGGCAAAAACAGAAGGAAAGGCGGAUGAACAAGAAGAAGUUGAUCCUCUAGACGCUUUCAUGCAGGAAGUUCAAGAAGAAGUAAGGAAAGUUAAUAAAAUGGAUAGUAAGAAGGCUGGAGGAACAGAGAAAGUAGGGGCCCCUGCACCGCAAGCCAACUCUGGGGUUGUCAUAGUGACAGGAGUUGCCAAGAAGAGCUCAGAUAAGCGCAAAGGAGAAUUAAUUGAACAGAAUCAAGAUGGCCUAGAGUACUUGUCAGAAGAAGAGGAAGAAGACUUGACAACAACAGCCACGAACUUGGCAAACAAGCAGAAAAAGGAAUUGGCCAAGGUUGACCACACUGGAGUGGAUUACAUGCAGUUCAGAAAGUCGUUUUACACAGAAGUACCUGAAGUUGCUAAAAUGACUCCCGAAGAAGUCGAACUUUACAGAGAGGAGUUGGAAGGUAUUAGGGUUAAAGGUAAGGGCUGUCCUAAGCCCAUCAAGACCUGGGCUCAGUGUGGAGUCAGCAAGAAAAUGUUAGAAGCUCUCAAGAGACAGGAUUAUGAGAAACCAACACCUAUACAAGCACAGGCCAUUCCUGCUAUCAUGUCUGGACGUGAUCUAAUUGGUAUUGCCAAAACCGGCAGUGGUAAAACAUUGGCGUUUGUGCUGCCUAUGCUGAGGCACAUUAUGGACCAGCCACCACUUGAAGCCAACGAUGGUCCAAUUGCUUUAAUAAUGACGCCCACUAGGGAAUUGUGUAUGCAGAUUGGUAAGGAAACCCGAAAGUUUACAAAGUCGUUGAACCUACACGUAGUGUGCGUGUAUGGAGGGACUGGCAUCUCGGAGCAGAUAGCUGAGCUGAAGCGAGGGGCUGAGAUCAUCGUCUGUACUCCUGGCAGAAUGAUAGACAUGCUGGCUGCAAACAGCGGAAGAGUUACAAAUUUGAAACGUGUCACUUACAUCGUUUUGGAUGAAGCAGACAGGAUGUUCGACAUGGGGUUUGAACCACAGGUGAUGCGAAUCAUCGAUAACAUUCGACCAGACAGGCAAACAGUGAUGUUUAGUGCUACAUUUCCCAGGCAAAUGGAAGCCUUGGCCAGAAGGAUUCUCACAAAACCAAUUGAGAUUCAAGUAGGAGGGCGCAGUGUGGUCUGUAAGGAGGUAGAACAGCACUGUGUCGUCCUGGAAGAGGACCAAAAAUUCCUGAAGCUGCUGGAACUUCUAGGACACUAUCAGGACAUGGGCAGUGUGAUCGUGUUUGUGGACAAGCAAGAGAAUGCGGAUGCUCUACUCAAGGACCUGAUGAAGGCCUCAUACCCCUGCAUGUCAUUGCAUGGUGGUAUCGACCAGUACGACAGAGACAGCACUAUUGUUGACUUCAAGGCUGGAAAGGUCAAAUUAUUGAUUGCCACUUCAGUUGCUGCCCGUGGUCUAGAUGUCAAACAUUUAAUCUUGGUAGUGAACUACGACUGUCCUAACCAUUACGAAGACUACGUACACCGUUGUGGGCGUACUGGAAGAGCUGGUAAUAAGGGAUAUGCUUAUACCUUUGUCACCCCGGAACAAGAAAGGUAUUCAGGAGAAAUCAUUCGAGCUUUUGAGCUCGCUUCUGUUCCUGUGCCCGAACCUCUCCGAGCUUUGUUUGAGGGCUACAAGGCAAAGCAGCUGGCAGAAGGUAAAAAAGUUCAUUCUGGUGGGGGAUUUAGUGGCAAAGGAUUCAAGUUUGAUGAGCAAGAAGCUCAAAUGGUGAAUGAAAAGAAAAAAUUUCAAAAAGCUGCUCUUGGUUUGCAAGAUUCAGAUGAUGAAGACUUGGAGGGAGACAUUGAUCAACAAAUUGAGAGCAUGUUGGCUCCAAAGCGGAUAGUCAAGGAAAUCAAAGCACCACUUGGCUCUUUGAAUUCAUCAGGAAACUCUCAAGGUGGUUCAGUAUCUUCUCCAACCCAGAUAACAACUGACAAGUUGGAACUUGCCAAGAGACUAGCUUCGAGGAUAAAUAUGGCCAAGAAUCUAGGGGCAGAAGCGAAGGGAGCCACUCAACAGGCUGCAGAGGCCAUUCUCAAGGGUGGAGGAUCACAGCCAAUCAUUACUGCUAAGACAGUAGCAGAACAGCUUGCCGCCAAACUGAACACUAGACUGAACUAUCAGCCGAAAGAGAAUGAUGACAAGUCUGAGGAGGAACAAGUGGAGACAUUCCGUAAAUACGAGGAAGAGCUGGAGAUCAAUGACUUUCCUCAACAGGCUCGCUGGAGAGUUACAUCAAAGGAAGCCUUGGCGCAGAUAUCUGAGUACUCGGAAGCAGGUAUCACUGUUCGAGGAACGUACUACCCAACAGGCAAAGCUCCUCCUGAAGGUGAACGUAAGCUGUUUCUGGCGAUUGAGAGUACAAACGAACUGGCCGUGUCCAAAGCUAAGAUUGAGAUCACUCGACUCAUCAAAGAAGAGCUGCUGAAGUUACAGACAUCAGCACACCACAGCAUUAACAAAGCUAGAUAUAAAGUGGUUUAGAGACAUAUUUCAUAUUAAAUCCUUCUUUUUCUUUGUGUUAAAACAUUUUAUGAUAUGUGAUCACUGCAACUUAUUUUGUAACAUUGAUUAACAAUAAAUAACUGGAGUUCA